AUGCCUCGCAGACUAACAAAGGCCGAUAACGGCAAGCUCAUCUUCGUCCCUACUGAUGGUUCCGUUCUAAUUGAACUCGCCAGCAAUCCCACCACCGGCUUCACAUGGGUCAUGGAUGGCACUGCUGCGGGUCAAGAAGGUGUUAAUGUCACCAUUCGUGGAAACAUCAACACUUACAUUACUAAAUACUUUCACAUCAGGCGAGAGUACAUUCAUCCCGACAAGGGACGGCUUGGGGCCAGUGGCACUGAUCGAUUCCGCGUAACACCGCGAGUGUCCGGCGAACAUGAGUUGGUGCUUGUUUACGCACGAUCAUGGGAAGCACCAGAGCCAGAGGCCGAGCGAUUCCGUGUACGCUUACGCGCAGGGGAAAGGAUAGCGAGGAGGUGGUGA